CUCAAUUCUGCAUCGGGAUCUUAUUGGAUUCCUAAAAAACACAAAAUUUCAAUUUAAAAAACACUGCUUUUACAAAAAACCCUUUAAUUGAAAUCCGAGAAAGAGAAUAAAUGUUCGAUUAAUUCUGAAGUCUGGACCCUGAAGUCCCCACACAGCUUCGAUGGAUCCCAAGAACCCAAAUCCACACCAAGUACCAAACUUCUUGAUCCCACCACCACAACCGAGAGAUGCUUCCGAUGACAACAAAGAAGUUAAGGAUUUUCAGAUCGUGGUCGCUUCCGACAAAGAACCGAACAACAACGGUAAGAAGCAGCUUGCCCCCAAGAGAAGCUCAAACAAAGACAGACACACCAAAGUGGAAGGUCGCGGUCGGAGAAUCAGGAUGCCUGCUCUCUGCGCGGCAAGGAUUUUUCAACUGACCAGAGAAUUGGGUCACAAAUCAGACGGUGAAACCAUCCAGUGGCUGCUUCAACAAGCUGAACCGUCGCUUAUCGCAGCCACCGGUUCAGGAACUGUACCGGCCUCUGCUUUAGCCUCAGCUGCUUCUGCUGUAGUCUCUAACCAAGGUGGGUCUCUCACUGCUGGUUUGAUGAUCAGUCAUCAUGACUUAGACUGUGGAGGUGGUAGACCAAGUUGGGUAGAAGGAGGAGGAGAAGCUUCUCGGUUAUGGCCAAAUGGAGCUGGUGGGGUAAUGAGUGAAGGAGCUGGUUACAGAAUUGGGUUUCCCGGGUUUGAUUUUCCUGGUGGAGCUAUGAGUUUUGCUUCCAUUUUUGGUGCUGGUGGUGGUGGUAAUGGUAAUCAUAUGCUUGGACUUGAGUUAGGGUUGUCUCAGGAAGGGAAUGUUGGGGUCUUGAAUCAACAGAUUUAUCAACAGAUGGCUCAAGCUCAGGCUCAGGGUAGGGUUCUUCACCAUACUCUUCAUCAUAAUCCAGGACAUGAAGAUCAUCAGCAAGAGAGCUGUGGGAGAGAUGAAUCUCAAGGCUCAUUUUGAAUAUUGGUUUUUGUCUUGUGGAUUUGAAAAGGUUAUGGCCUUUUGUUUUGUUAUAGUAUUGUUGUAAUUUGUACUAGUAGCAUGGAGAAGGAAAGAAAGGUUUAGUGCUGAGUGAGAGUGAAUAUAUAUAUGCUUAUUGAAACCUCUGAGCUGAUUUCAAUUUGAUACUUUCAGAGGAUGAUGAUGAUGACACAGCCAGAGAUAGUCUGUUUCUUUUUUGAAGCCUUGGAGUUUAAAUUUGAUAGAGAGAAGAAUGUUUUUUACGUAUGAUGUGUGUUGUAUCUUUUUUCGAAUAUCAAGAAAUCGAGUUUUUGAUCCUAGGUACAAUGGUAAUGUAUGCUCUACUUCCAUCACAUUUGUAUAAUGGAGAUAACAGUUAAUUACAAUGGUAAUGUAUACUUUCUUUUUCACA